UUUGGACCAGUUGCAAAAUUAUCGACAGCCAAACCAUUCUUAUUAUCGACGGAUUUUGAAGAAUAUUUAAUUCAAAAGCAAAUAAAUGCAAAAAUCGAACUAGUCAAAGGUAUAAUAUAUCAAUUGGAAUUAUGCCUGUUGGUCGCUAUCCAACAUAUUGAUAUGAGGCAAACCCCUACAUUCAACUUUUGCAUGGUCUACGAAGAAUACAAGAAUUUCAUGAAUGAUCUUGCAGUUAAAGGAAAAAAUAUGAGAAUGCGUAAAUGGGACGCCGCUCUAAAAUCCUUUGAGCAUUUAAUGUUAAUGGAACUUAUCACUCCUAUGGAAGGUGUGAUGAAGAGUCGAAAAGAAUAUAGAAUGAUGCGAGUAUUGUUAGAGCCUAAUGAAAUCUUUGAUGCUGUAUCAAACCACAAAGGUUGUCCACUUGUUAUAAAAAAUUGGAGUCAGUCAUCAAGAUUAUAG